AAAAGAAGAAAGUUCAAAACUCUUGUUUCAACUUUGGAUUGGGAAAUCUACGUAUGCAUUUCGAAGAAAAAAGCUCGUGCCUUUGGGUUCUGUUUUUGCUCUACACACCAUAUCAAGUGAGUUUCAUUCUUAGCUUAGCAUUCGACCAUUGAUCUUGACAGAUAAAAGAAAUAUGAAUAUCAUGCUGGCUAAGUUUAUCUUUCAUCUCUUUAUGUUUCCUUUUGAUGUGUUUGCUAUGGAUGAACAUGUUUUCCAUGAAAAAAUAGUCAGUGUUUAAUGAAGUGAGUUGAGAAUUAUGAGUUCUUAUUUCAAUUUCUAUCUUGCCAAGCUUGUGGCAGCUCUGGUACCUGUGUUCGGUGGGAGAUAGCAGGCACCAUGAAAUAAGUUGAGGUGUGCGCAAGUUGGUUCGGAUACCACGGUUAUGAAAAGCAUGUUCUGUAUGAAAAAUAAAUUUAUAUGGAAAGCGUUCUAUGUUAGUGCCAUUUAAUUUCUAUUCGGGUUAGCCUUGUAGGUGGUAUGAUGAUAGUUUCUUCAAUGGAAGUUUUUCAUAUUAGAGAGGGACAUUAAUACCAAAAUCGUAGAUUGAAGCAUCAAGAAAGUGAUAUGGAGUUAGAGUGAGGAUAUGUGUAAAGAAAAUGACUUCUCCAAUUUCUCUAUUGGUGGAAAACGUUUUCCAUGGGGAAAAGAUUUUCUACAAUUCAAAGUAAUCAAAAUUUGGGAAAUAAUCUCGUACCAAAGACACCCUUUGCAUAUACCUAGCAUCAACUGGCCUGUCUAAUGUUUUCUUCAAUUUUUGUUUAAUCAGCGGUAACAAGAUAGUAAUAGACAAAUGUCCAUGAAUAAAGUAAUCUGUCUGGGAGGUAUUGUCUGUUAGAUGAUAAAAGUUACAAGACCUUUUUAACUUACAGAAACUUCUAGAACUUAAACCUAUGGAUUUUUAAUUUGUUGAAAUAAUGUUGUUGCCAUAUAUAUUAACAAGAAGUGAGUUGGGGAAGUGAAAAAGAUGACAUUCAAUUCAAAAUGCCAGUUGCUUGUGCUGGUUGUCCUGCUGCUAACAGAAAUUGGGCCAAGUUUACAGACUCGACUAAGAAAUGGAAACAAGGUGAAAACUGCCAGUUUCCUAUCACCAAAUUUUGUGCUCGAACCUGGAUUAGUUGUUAACAAAUUUUACUACAACAUCGAUUUCCCUAAAGGCCAUAUUGCUAUCAAAAGUUUCGAUGCUGAAGUAGUUGAUGAGUCUAGGAAUCCGGUCCACCUUCACGAAACAUAUCUCCACCAUUGGCUUGUUGUAAGAUACUAUCAACGAAAAGGUUUGGAGAUGUCAAAGUACCCAGGCGAUCUGGGGUUCGACCAAUCGGAUUUUAUUAUAGUGAGGAACUCAGGACUAUGUGAGAGGGAUCUUUCUCAAUAUUUUGGCCUUGGGUCUGAAACUCGUAAAACAAUAACAUAUGUUCCAGACCCUUAUGGGAUAGAAGUUGGUAAUCCAGUAGAAGUACCUCCUGGAUAUGAAGAGAGAUGACUGCUUAACGUACAUGCAAUUGAAACACGAGGCUCCGAAGAUAGGUUGGGAUGCACAGAAUGCAGAUGUGAUCUUUAUAAUGUUACAAAGGAUGAGUAUGACCGAGAUAUAGAACCGAAUUACAUUGGAGGCAUGAGAUGUUGUCAUGAUGAAACAAGAUGCAGAACAAGAGAAGGGUUUCAGGGUCCAAAAAGAAGUUUGUACCUGAAGUACACAAUCAAAUAUGUUGAUUGGCAUGCUUUCAUUAUGCCUGUUAAUAUCUAUAUACUUGAUGUCACUGAUACAUGGAAAAAGCGGGAAUCAACAGGACUUAUUUCAAGACAUCACUGUCAGGAAAGAUACAUCUGGAGCCAGGAAUUAUGCAACUAUUUGCCUAUGUUAUUACGUUCUGCAGAUUAUCUAAUAUGAGUGAAAUAUGAAUGAUUGAAUAUGAAGUCGUGUUCUGCUGCUGUUGCUAAUAGUGGAUGCAUCCAUACAAAAAAGGUAAGUGUAACUUUGCCUAAUGGUGGAGAUGUUAUUUAUGGAGUUGCUCACCAGCAUGCGGGUGGGGCUGGUUCAACCCUCCUUGGAGAGGAUGGACGGGUUAUAUGCUCAUCACUUCCAAUCUAUGGAAAAGGAAAGGAACCAGGAAAUGAAGCUGGUUAUAUUGUUGGGAUGUCCACUUGUUAUCCUAGACCUGGCUCUGUCAAGAUAUCCAAGGGAGAGACUCUGACUUUACUAUCAAACUAUAGCAGUGAUCAAAGGCAUACAGGAGUUAUGGGCCUCUUCUAUAUAUUGGUUGCUGAACCGUUACCAAAACCAAGCUCUAUCCUGCAUUCUAGAGACAACCUCGGUGAUAUUGUAAUAUUACAUAAUGCUUGGGCCGUAGCAGUGUUUGGAAUUGCAGCACUUGUUGCUGCAAUUGUAACUUAUCAACGUCAGAGCGAAAGAGAAGAAGAGUAUGAAUCUAUCCUCUAAUGUGAGGUUCUAGUUUCAGCUGAUCUCUGGUGACCGGUAUAGAUCAUAGUGUAAGCUGUUUCAACUCUAGUUGGAUGCAAAGUUUUUAGGCAGUUCAACUGAAGUUGUUUAAGUCUAUGGUGUGCUUUGGUAUCUGUCUUAGUUUCCUAGCUACAUGUAACGUAUGUUUCAAUUUGUUUGAACCUAUUUCCUUUUUAAUCCGUGUAAAAAUAAAUGAUCUUUUUUCUAAU